GCUCUCGCCGCUGCCCCAGCUCAAAGAUGCCACCUUCAAUGAACAGCAAGAUCUUUUCUGUCAGAAGUUGCAACAGUGUUGUGUACUCUUUGACUUCAUGGACUCUGUUUCAGACCUGAAAAGCAAAGAAAUUAAGAGAGCAACACUGAAUGAACUGGUUGAAUACGUUUCAACAAAUCGUGGAGUGAUAGUUGAGUCAGCUUAUGCUGACAUAGUGAAAAUGAUUAGUUCUAAUAUUUUCAGAACACUUCCACCUAGUGAUAACCCAGAUUUUGAUCCAGAAGAAGAUGAACCAACUCUCGAAGCCUCAUGGCCCCACAUACAGUUGGUGUAUGAAUUUUUCCUGAGGUUUUUGGAGAGCCCGGAUUUUCAGCCUAGCAUUGCAAAGCGAUAUAUUGACCAGAAAUUUGUACAGCAGCUGUUGGAGCUCUUUGAUAGUGAAGACCCACGGGAACGUGAUUUCCUAAAGACAGUUCUUCAUCGAAUUUAUGGAAAGUUCCUUGGUUUAAGAGCAUUCAUCAGGAAACAGAUUAACAACAUUUUCCUCAGGUUUAUAUAUGAAACAGAGCACUUCAAUGGUGUUGCUGAACUUCUUGAGAUAUUAGGAAGUAUUAUCAAUGGUUUUGCCCUGCCACUGAAAGCAGAACACAAACAGUUCCUUAUGAAAGUUCUGAUUCCCAUGCAUACUGCAAAGGGAUUAGCUUUGUUUCACGCACAGCUCGCCUAUUGUGUUGUACAGUUCCUGGAAAAAGAUACGACUUUAACAGAGCCUGUAAUCAGAGGACUGCUCAAAUUUUGGCCAAAAACUUGCAGUCAGAAAGAGGUGAUGUUUUUAGGUGAAAUUGAAGAAAUCUUAGAUGUAAUAGAACCGACGCAAUUCAAAAAAAUAGAAGAGCCUUUAUUUAAGCAAAUAUCCAAGUGUGUGUCAAGUUCACAUUUUCAGGUUGCAGAAAGAGCUUUGUACUUCUGGAAUAAUGAAUAUAUUCUUAGCCUGAUUGAGGAGAACAUUGAUAAAAUUCUACCAAUUAUGUUUGGCAGUUUAUACAAGAUCUCCAAAGAACACUGGAAUCCAACUAUUGUGGCACUGGUAUAUAAUGUGCUGAAAACCCUGAUGGAAAUGAAUGGCAAGCUUUUUGAUGAACUUACAAGCUCAUAUAAAGCAGAAAGGCAAAGAGAGAAGAAGAAAGAAUUGGAACGUGAAGAGUUGUGGAGAAAGCUAGAGGAGUUAAAGCUUAAGAAGGCGAUGGCAGAAAAGCAGAACAGCACUCACAACGUGCUCAAUGCACACAAUACAAGUGCCAAAUGAAAUUACCACCUCUACUCGGCAGACAUACUUUUUUGUACCCUUUUGAAAUAUAUAAGGUUUUGCAAAAGAAACCUCAUCAGUA